AAGGGAGACGUGAUGCCUUUUCCUUUCCAGUCCUCCGCUUGCUUAGCGCGAGCCGCGAUGGAGAGACUGAGAAGUGAGAAGUGAGAAGUGAGAAGUGAGAAGUGGGUGGAAAUUAGUAAAAUCAACGACUGAGCUCACACCAACUCACGAAUCAACAUGUUCAUGACGAUCACUGCUCGCAAAACUCUUAAUUGUGUGCGGAAUUUAAUGGGGUUUAGUGUAACCAUGGUUGGGUUUUGAGUUUUGACGGUCUCUAAUAUCUGAUCCAUUUCCACAUUCAAAAGCCUAUAAAUACUCCCUUCCUCCGCGGACUUCACACGCCAUUAAGCAACACAAACGAGGAGACUUCGCUCAGUAGCUUCCUCUGGUCGACGGUCUUCGAGCCUUUGAGAACGCCUCUUGAGAAAAUUAGACCAGACUUCUGUCUUCUCCUUGGUAUUGGCAUCCAUGACUCCUUCCACAGUUGCCUCUCCGGCUAUACUUGAUUUAUUCUGCGCUGACGAGGAGGUUUUUUUAGCAAUAAGGAAAAUAUCGAGUGGAUGCCCUUUGCCGCAAAAUGUUUAUGGAGGAGAUAUAGAUCCCUACCGGAUUAAACCCUCAAAUUUACCUGGUGACAUUUGGUAUUACGUAAAGUGCAAUGGGAGUACCAUUGGUCACUGGAAGCGGAAAGGCGAGGAUCGUAAAGUGUAUUUGAACUCUCCCUUCACUGGAUGGGUAACCACUUAUGAAUUUUCUGAAGAUCAAGCAGCUCAUGAGCAUAAAAUGGUCUGGGUUAUGGAAAAGUACUGGAUGAGUGGGACGGACCUGUGUGAAAACAGCAAGCAAAAGGAAACUAGCUCGCUUUGCAAAGUCUUUCUUGUAUAUGAACAAGUUCAAAACCAUGAAAAGAUUCAGAUAAGCGACUCCGAUAUUACUUCGAAGUCGGAAGCCAUCAACCCAAAUCAUCAGCUGGUUGUCCCAGAUGCUUCGAAUAAUAUGACAAAUAAUGGGUCCACAAGCAAGUCUAAGGUAAUAAGUGGAGAUGACAAGAUGGUAGAAUUGCCAGUUGCAGGGAAACCCUUGGAUUAUCAUUCAGAAGAGAUGGAUUAUCUUUCUCGAGGCGACUUCUUGGAAUUGAUUGAUUUGGAUGACCCAGCAUCGCCAUCAUCAAGUUCUGAUAGUUCUAGUUGCUUGACCAUGUCAUCAGAUGAAAUGUUUGACGCAAUGGCUCUACUACAAGACCUAGAAUGUGACAUUAACCCUGAAACGAUACAAAGAGACGCGGCCUGCAUCGGAUCCUCUGUACCCUCCAAACUAAAGAAGGAGGUGGUGCAUCGACGGCCUUCAGAAUCCUUUGUGAUCGUUAAGAGAAGCGAAUCACCGGCUGAAGAGAAUCCCAAAACCAAUUCCACCGUGGUCGUUUCAAGCCCUCCAAUUGAGGGCUUAAAAGAACCAGACAUGAAACAACUCCGAAGCCAAAGUGAGAAAGCAGGCUAUGGAUUGGAAGGUGCAUCAUCAUCAUCAAGUUCCCUCAGCAAGACGGUGUCAAAUGGUCAAGAAACAGCCAUGGAUGGAGGGAAGAAGACCAGCGUUGGCCGAGUGAAGAAGAAGAAGACUUCGAAAAAGUAUCUUUGCUUCUUUCCAUUUUAGAUCUUCUUGAUCUUCUUCUCACACGUAUAGCAGAGAGCAGUGAAAGUAAGUUAAAUAAUGGCAUUAGAGUAACAUUGGGUUUUUAGCAAAUUGUACUGAAUCAUUAAAGUCUUAGAAAACAUACCAUAAAUUUGUCUUGUGUGAUUAAAUGUAGUUUUUUCAUUUAUAAUGUGUAACGUUAGGAGUUAGGAACAGGGUUUUUGUAGAGAUUAUGGUGUCUUGUAGUUGUAGGUGAUAUGACUUCUUUCUUAGAAGACAUAACAUUUGGAAGUGUUUCACAAGGCUUCAUUCAUAACUUAUUCAAAUCCAUGUAAUGUAAUGAAAUCUUAUAGGCCUGGUUACCUUUGUUAAUAAAUUCAUGUUGUUUGUCAA